AUAUAUACCCUGGUCAACGCUAUCUUCCUCAGCAAAGUUGGACCGAGUGCGGACCAACAAGGUUCAUCAUGAUUGUGAAGAACCUUUUCUUGCUGACAUGCCUUUUCAACAUUGCCUGGGCUAGGCUGUCUCGCAAACAUCUUUUGGAAUUGGCCUACCACCAUAACCUCGCUUACAUCAAUGGAGCCAAGAGUUACGCCAUUGAAAUUAACGAAGCCGUCUUGCAUCCAAGACCCAAUGGUCUAAUAGCGGAGAGGCCUGAGCAUCUACUGGGCCUAAGCCGUGGAUCUGUCUUCAUCACUCCUGCUCACGUAGAGUUACCUCCUAAGGUGGAUUGGCGGGAUCAUGGGGCUGUCACGCCUGUGAAGAAUCAGGCUGCUUGUGGAAGCUGUUGGGCGUUUGGAGCUACUGGGUCCUUGGAAGGCCAAAUCUUUCGUAAAACUGGCAAACUCGUUUCGUUGUCCGAGCAACAGUUAGUGGAUUGUACUAAAAGCCCCAAGUACCACAAUAUGGGUUGUGAUGGAGGGCUUCCAAACGCCGCUUACCGUUACAUUCGUGAUGUGGGUGGGAUUGAGUCUGAAGAAUUGUACCCCUACAAGGGGUUGAAUGGAAAGUGCGUGUUCAACAAAACUGAAAUAGUUGCCGAAGACAACGGGUACGUGUCCAUUCCGUCGGGGGAUGAAGACUCCUUGAAAGCCGCCGUGGCAACGAUUGGACCCAUUGUCGUUGGCAUUGAUGCCAAACAUAACGAAUUCAUGAUGUAUGCGUCUGGGAUUUACGAUAACGAAGCUUGCGAAAAUGGUCGGAAAGCUCUGAACCACGCCGUUUUGGUGGUGGGUUACGGAACCGACUCUGCUACACAGAAGGAUUUCUGGUUGGUCAAGAAUAGUUGGGGUACCAAUUGGGGCAUGGACGGCUACAUCAAAAUGGUCAGGAACCGAGAAAACCAAUGUGGAAUUGCCACCUACGCCCUGUUUCCCUCGGUGUAAUCGAAACUGGAUUCACCCACUUCAUAUUUGUGGCCAACACCUCUUACCUGGCCUAUUGAUUUCAUGUAUCUUAAGUAGUUAGUUUUGCUCCAGGCUUCAAUUUUUUUAUGUACAUAGGAAAUGCGGUAGGCAUACCCUUGCAAUAUUGGUGUAAAUUAGCAUUAAGGUCUAACAUUAACUAUUUACAUUUCUGUAUUCGUCAAUUUAAAAAGUGCCCAAUUUGUUUUUUCUUGUCUUGGUUUUUGAAUUUCGUGUCCUCUCUACUACUGUCCCUGUUGUAAAUAUUUUUCCAGUUAAUCAAUAGUAUGUCAUAAAUGUACAACAUGAGUAUCAAUAAAGUCCUUACGGAGAAGGAUUGAACGUGGAAA